GGCCUGGUGAAAAAAGAACUUUAUCCUCUCAAGAUUAUUCACACCUUCAAAGCUCUCUCUUUAUAAAUAGUCUAGUAUUCAUUACCUUUCCUCUCAUUCUCACAAAGCAACCAUGGCCAUCUCUUAUGCUUGGCUGGUUUUCUGCUUUCUCUUUCUCCGCCAUGCUGUUGUUGAGCUUGAAGCUUCCCAUCAUGUUUACAGAAACCUUCAAGUUUCUUCAUCUCCUUCUGAACAUCAGCCUUAUAGAACUUCUUAUCACUUCCAACCCCCCCAAAACUGGAUCAAUGAUCCCAAUGGACCAAUGAUUUACAGGGGACUUUACCAUCUUUUCUACCAAUACAAUCCCAAAGGUGCAGUUUGGGGCAACAUUGUCUGGGCCCACUCUACAUCAACGGACUUGGUGAACUGGACCCCACAUGAGCCGGCCAUCUACCCAUCACAGCCGUCCGAUAUCAAUGGCUGCUGGUCUGGCUCCACCACAAUCCUCCCCUGGGGCACCCCAGUUAUUCUCUACACAGGAAUUGACCCCCAGAAUCGUCAGGUCCAAAAUUUGGCCAUUCCCAAAAACCUCUCUGAUCCAUACCUUAGGGAAUGGGUCAAGUCCCCCAAAAAUCCAUUGAUGGCACCCACUUCGGCUAACCAAAUCAAUUCAAGCUCCUUUAGGGACCCAACCUCUGCUUGGUUAGGCCCUGAUGGCACUUGGAGACUGAUCAUUGGAAGCAAAAGGCACACCAGGGGAUUAGCUAUUCUUUAUAGAAGUAAAGACUUCAUUCGUUGGGUUAAAUCCCAGCACCCACUUCACUCGGCAAAGGACACCGGAAUGUGGGAAUGCCCUGACUUUUUCCCGGUUAUGGUCAAUUCCAAACUAGGUGUUGACACAUCAAUCGUGGGUCCGGAUGUUAAACAUGUGCUCAAGGUGAGCUUGGACGACACCAAACACGAGUACUACACGAUUGGAAGUUAUAACCUUGGCAAGGAUAUCUACGUUCCGGACAAGGGGCAGGUGGACAGCGAUUCAGGGUUGAGAUAUGAUUAUGGAAAGUAUUAUGCUUCAAAAACUUUCUUUGACAGCGCAAAGAACAGAAGAAUUUUGUUGGGUUGGAUCAAUGAGUCUUCGAGUGUCGAUGAUGAUAUUAAGAAGGGAUGGUCUGGAGUUCACGCAAUUCCAAGGACACUUUGGCUGGAUACAUCCGGAAAACAAUUGGUACAAUGGCCCAUAAGAGAAAUUGAAAAGCUGCGUGGACACGUAGUCCACUUGCCUAAGCAAGUGCUUGAGGGAGGAUCAGCACUCGAAGUUUCUGGUGUCACAGCAGUGCAGGCUGAUGUUGAGGUUUCAUUCGGAAUAAGUGAGUUGGAGAAAGCAGAAGUGCUGAACCCAAGUUGGACAAAUCCACAAGUGCUGUGCAGCAAAAAGGGUGCAUCAGUUAAAGGGGGUUUGGGACCAUUUGGACUGCUAGUUUUGGCUUCAAAGGGCUUGCAAGAGUACACAGCAGUGUUCUUUAGAAUAUUCAAAGGCCAAGACAAAUAUGUGGUGUUAAUGUGCAGUGACCAAAGCAGGUCUUCCUUGAAUAAUGACAAUGAUAAGACAAAUUAUGGGGCUUUUCUGGAAGUGGACCCUUCACGCGAGAAGCUGUCACUCAGAAGUUUGAUUGAUCAUUCCAUUGUGGAGAGCUUUGGUGGAGAAGGAAAGGCUUGCAUCACGGCUAGAGUUUACCCCACAUUGGCAAUUGAUGAUAAGGCCCACUUGCACGUUUUCAAUAAUGGAACUGAGAAUGUCCAAUUCACAGUUAGUGCUUGGAGCAUGAAGAAAGCUCAUCUCAGUUAGGAGUUGAAACUUUGAAGUAGAUCUACCUACCUCCAGCUCCAAGAGAAAGUCAUGUGGAGGAGGAGAGCAAUAUAAUUUUAAACAAAUUUUAUUUUUUAAUAAUAAAAAUAAGAGGAAAUAUCGCUUUUAUUGAUUAUUAACUUCUUGCUCUGUACACUAUAUUUGAGAGAGAGAGAGAUAGAGAGAGAGAGAAGGGUAGAGACCAGAGGAGAGCUGUGCAUUGAGGGAUAUCUAUCUAAAGCUCCCAAAGGAUUCUAAUAAAUCAUUUAUAUCAUUUUGCUGUUAUAAGUUA